GCAGCAGAGGCACUGGGAAAAAAAAAGAAGCUCAUCUUUCUCUCUCUACCGCCCUCCCUUUCUCUCUCUAGAAGUUACAGUCCAUCAAUGCACUACUCCUCCUCUCUCUCUCUCUCUCUCUCUCUCUCUCUAGCAUUUAGCUGUGUGCAUCCGCUUGUCUCGUAGCUCUCAACCGCGCCGAGAUCAGCUCCUCCUCCUCCUCCUCCUCCGCCAUUGCCUGCCGCCGCCGACCAGCGCGGCGUCGAAUGCGUCGGGCCGCCGCCCGUCCGUUGCGAGCACGGCCGGAGCUCCUCCCCCUCCGGCCAGAUUCGGUCGUAAUGCGGUCGGUUUGGGCCACCCCCGCGGCCUCCGUCCGGUCCGGUCGAUCUCCGUCUCCGGUCGAGCGUUGAUGAUUUACCUCAAGAUCCUCCGGUCCUUUGCGGCUUCUGGAGCUUCGGGGGAUCCGCAUUCCGGCUGCUUCGCGAGGGUGCGCUCGUCCCCGGGCGGCCGGCGCUGAGCGGCGUUCCUCGGGCGGAGGCUCGCGGGUUUUUGCGGGCUCGGAUUUUAGGGUUUGGAAGCGAGAGGUUUUUUUGGAUCAGCGACUUCUGGUUGACCAUUCAAAGGCGGGGGAGGAGGUGAUUAGACGGCAGUUUCCUCUCCCUGUGAUCCAUUUGGACGCCGGAAAUCGUUGAUUAGGGAGGAAAAUGCCGGCGAAGUGGUGAUGGACUCGUUUCCUCGCGAAAAAGGCGAAGCUUUUGAGAUUCUCGUCCAGCAGUUGUUGGUCCAUGAGGCCGGGCGUAGUAGCCUCUUUCACAAGGAUCGGAAAAAGGGAAAAGUAAAUCUGGGCAUUGCCAUCAGGAGUUGCAACGGCUGAAUAAAGCUUUUGCUCUCUCGCCUCCUUCUACACUGAAACACACGCCCCCCCCUUUUCUUCUGCAGUGCCCGUUGGUGCUGCUUGUCAUUUGGUUGAAAUCUUUUCGGGGUCUGGGAUUUGGCAGAAACCAGGCAAUGUGGGUGAAGUUUCUGUAAGACGGUUCACUACACAGCUCUUGCAGUGCUCGUUUAUUUGUUGGGGUUUAUUUGGGGAGUUGAGUUCCCGGCUGUUGAACUGGGAUAUCGUCGAUUCGAAUAGAGAGUGGCAUUCUGCCGAUUUUUUGCCCCACCCGGAGCAUCGAUGGGGCGUCUCUGGGGUCUCGUGAUGCAUGUCCUUCUUUUGUGCUUAUUCGAGGUUGGGAGUUCGAAUGCCCAGUCUACUGUUGGAUCCGCGCGAGCUUUGGACGCGCUUCUCCGGGAAUAUGCCUAUGAGGCUUUCGACCGCCCUAGGACGGGCAUUUCUUAUGACGGAGAUGUUCCCUCAAACUUGACGGGGAUUAAGGUAUCUGCAAUGAGGCUCCGGAGCGGCAGCUUGCGAAACAGAGGUGUUGCGGCAUACAAGGAGUUUGAAAUUCCAACUGGAGUUACUGAGACUCCAUAUGUCGAGAGGCUGGUUCUUGUGUAUCAGAACCUGGGAAAUUGGUCUGUGGUGUUUUAUCCAUUACCUGGUUACACGUAUUUAUCGCCUGUUCUGGGUCUUCUUGCUUAUGACGCGUUUAACUUGUCGGCUACAAAUUUGCCGGAGUUGGAUAUCAGGGCAUCUGCUGACCCCAUAUUGAUUCAUUUCACAGAUGUGAAGUCUCCUCCUUUGGGGUCUGUUGCCAGGUGUGUUUCAUUUGAUAUAAAUGGUUCGAUCAAUUACAGCAAUCUGACAUUGAGCAAUGUAUGCUCUACAAUGGAGCAGGGCCAUUUUUCCAUAGUGGUUGAAUCUAUUGCUCCUUCCCCUGCGCCUGCUGCGCCAAUCUCUCCGCCUCCAACAUCUGGCGGUGGAGGACCAAGUCCAGGAAAGGCAAGUCAUGGAAAGUCCAACACCGUAGUCUGGAUAAUUGUUGGGUCUGUUGUGGGAGGAAUAGCAUUGAUUGGGCUACUGGGUUUGUUAGUGUUAUGGACACAAAAGUUCAAGCAAAGAAAAAAUAUGCAGCAGAUGGAGAAGGCUGCGGAAGCCGGGGAAACUCUGCAUAUGACUUCGGUUGGUGAAACGAAAGCACCAGCAGCUAUGGUCACCAGAACUCAACCCAUUCUUGAGAGUGAAUAUGUGCCCUAACUUCAUAUAUUCUCGCAAGCUUCCACGUUCAUGGAGCUGCCGCAUUUAUUCAAGUUCACUUCCUCUGCCCAGAAAAAAGCUUUUUUUUCCCUGACCGCACCUUCUUUUUGGUGGUGUCUCCCAUCUAAUCUCUUCAUUCAUGGUAAGUCCUUGCUGCUAGUGUGGGCAAAUUAGGAUUUUUGUGUAAAUCUGUUUUUUUCACUUGCGAGCAUCCAUAAUUUUGUGAUUCGUUGUCGUGUGCAUUUAGUGAAAACAGUUAAAUUCUAAUUGUGUCGAAUUUACUUGCCAAUUGAGAAGGAAUAAAAGGAAAUUUUCGCUUUA